GGAAAAGUAGCCUUUAAUCACCAGGAGAAGGACACAGCGACCGGAGCUGGAGGCACUCUUAGCGGCAUUUACGUCCUUUACUGUCUGGGGGCCCUCAGCUCUGACCAGUCUGGCCUUCGUGUGGUCAUUAGCAUGGGCUUCGUGAGACAGAUACAGCUUUUGCUCUGGAAGAACUGGACCCUGAGGAAAAGGCAAAAGAUUCGCUUUGCAGUGGAACUUGUGUGGCCUUUAUCUUUAUUUCUGAUCUUGAUCUGGUUAAGGAAUGCCAACCCGCUGUACAGCCAACACGAAUGCCAUUUUCCCAACAAGGCGAUGCCCUCAGCAGGAAUGCUGCCAUGGCUCCAGGGGAUCUUCUGCAAUGUGAAUAAUCCUUGUUUUCAAAGCCCCACCCCAGGAGAAUCUCCUGGAAUUGUGUCAAACUAUAACAACUCCAUCUUGGCAAGGGUAUAUCGAGAUUUUCAAGAACUCCUCAUGAAUGCACCAGAGAGCCAGCACCUUGGCCGUAUUUGGACAGAGCUCCGCAUCUUGUCCCAAUUCAUGGACACCCUCCGGACUCACCCGGAGAGAAUUGCAGGAAGAGGAAUACGGAUAAGGGAUAUCCUGAAAGAUGAAGAAACACUGUCACUAUUUCUCAUUAAAAACAUUGGCCUCUCUGAUUCAGUUGUCUACCUUCUGAUCAACUCUCAAGUCCGUCCGGAGCAGUUUGCUCACGGAGUCCCGGACCUGGCGCUGAAGGACAUCGCCUGCAGUGAGGCCCUCCUGGAACACUUCAUCAUCUUCAGCCAGCGACGGGGGGCACAGACUGUGCGCUAUGCCUUGUGCUCCCUCUCCCAGGGCACCCUACAGUGGAUAGAAGACACGCUAUAUGCCAAUGUGGACUUCUUCAAGCUCUUCCGCGUGCUUCCCACACUCCUAGACAGCCGUUCUCAAGGUAUCAAUCUGAGAUCUUGGGGAGGAAUAUUAUCUGAUAUGUCACCAAGAAUUCAACAGUUUAUCCGUCGGCCGAGUGUGCAGGACUUGCUGUGGGUAACCAGGCCCCUCAUGCAGAAUGGUGGUCCAGAGACCUUUACAAAGCUGAUGGGCAUCCUGUCUGACCUCCUGUGUGGAUACCCCGAGGGAGGUGGCUCUCGGGUGCUCUCCUUCAACUGGUAUGAAGACAAUAACUAUAAGGCCUUUCUAGGGAUUGAUACUACAAGGAAGGAUCCCAUCUAUUCUUAUGACAAAAGAACAACAUCCUUUUGUAAUGCAUUGAUCCAGAGCCUGGAGUCAAAUCCUUUAACCAAAAUUGCCUGGAGGGCAGCAAAGCCUUUGCUGAUGGGAAAAAUUCUGUACGCUCCUGAUUCCCCCGCAGCACGAAGGAUACUGAAGAAUGCCAACUCAACUUUUGAAGAACUGGAGCGUGUUAGGAAGCUGGUUAAAGCCUGGGAAGAAGUAGGGCCCCAGAUCUGGUACUUCUUUGACAACAGCACGCAGAUGAACAUGAUCAGAGAUACCCUGGGGAACCCAACGGUAAAAGACUUUUUGAAUAGGCAGCUUGGUGAAGAAGGUAUUACUGUUGAAGCCAUCCUAAACUUCCUCUACAAGGGCCCUCGAGAAAGCCAGGCUGAUGACAUGGCCAACUUCGACUGGAGGGACAUAUUUAAUGUCACUGAUCACACCCUCCGCCUGGUCAAUCAAUACCUGGAGUGCUUGGUCCUGGAUAAGUUUGAAAACUAUGAUGAUGAAACUCAGCUCACCCAACGUGCCCUGUCUCUACUGGAGGAAAACAGAUUCUGGGCCGGAGUGGUAUUCCCUGACAUGUAUCCCUGGACCAGCUCCCUACCACCCCAUGUGAAGUACAAGAUCCGAAUGGACAUAGAUGUGGUGGAGAAAACCAAUAAGAUUAAAGACAGGUACUGGGAUUCUGGUCCCAGAGCUGAUCCUGUGGAAGAUUUCCGGUACAUCUGGGGCGGGUUUGCCUAUCUGCAGGACAUGGUUGAACAGGGGAUCACAAGGAGCCAGGUGCAGGCUGAGGCUCCAGUUGGAAUCUACCUCCAGCAGAUGCCCUACCCCUGCUUCGUGGAUGAUUCUUUUAUGAUCAUCCUGAAUCGCUGUUUCCCUAUCUUCAUGGUGCUGGCAUGGAUCUACUCUGUCUCCAUGACUGUGAAGAGCAUCGUCUUGGAGAAGGAGUUGAGACUGAAAGAGAACUUGAAAAAUCAAGGUGUCUCCAAUGCAGUGAUUUGGUGUACCUGGUUCCUGGACAGCUUCUCCAUCAUGUCAAUGAGCAUCUUUCUCCUGACGAUAUUCAUCAUGCAUGGAAGAAUCCUACAUUACAGUGACCCAUUCAUCCUCUUCCUGUUCUUGUUGGCUUUCUCCACUGCCACCAUCAUGCUGUGCUUCCUGCUCAGCACCUUCUUCUCGAAGGCCAGCCUGGCAGCAGCCUGUAGUGGCGUCAUCUACUUCACCCUCUACCUGCCGCACAUCCUGUGCUUCGCCUGGCAGGACCGCAUGACCGCUGAGCUGAAGAAGGCUGUGAGCCUGCUGUCUCCAGUGGCAUUUGGGUUUGGCACGGAGUACCUGGUUCGCUUUGAAGAGCAAGGCCUGGGGCUGCAGUGGAGCAACAUUGGGAACAGUCCCACGGAAGGGGAUGAAUUCAGCUUCCUGCUGUCCAUGCAGAUGAUGCUCCUUGAUGCUGCUAUCUAUGGCUUACUUGCUUGGUACCUUGACCAGGUGUUUCCAGGAGACUAUGGUACCCCACUUCCUUGGUACUUUCUUCUGCAAGAGUCAUAUUGGCUUGGCGGCGAAGGGUGUUCAACCAGAGAAGAAAGAGCCUUGGAAAAGACUGAGCCCCUAACAGAGGAAAUGGAGGAUCCAGAGCACCCGGGAGGAAUACACGACUCCUUCUUUGAACGUGAGCAUCCAGGGUGGGUUCCUGGGGUAUGCGUGAAGAAUCUGGUGAAGACUUUUGAACCCUAUGGCCGGCCUGCUGUGGACCGUCUGAAUAUCACCUUCUACGAGAACCAGAUCACCGCGUUCCUCGGCCACAAUGGAGCAGGGAAAACCACCACUUUGUCCAUCCUGACGGGUCUGUUGCCACCAACAUCUGGGACUGUGCUCAUUGGGGGAAGGGACAUUGAAACCAGCCUGAAUGCAAUCCGGCAGAGCCUUGGCAUGUGUCCACAGCACAACAUCCUGUUCCACCACCUCACGGUGGCUGAGCACAUGCUAUUCUAUGCCCAGUUGAAAGGCAAGUCCUGGGAGGAGGCCCAGCUGGAGAUGGAGGCCAUGUUGGAGGACACAGGCCUCCACCACAAGCGGAAUGAAGAGGCUCAGGACCUAUCAGGUGGCAUGCAGAGAAAGCUGUCAGUCGCCAUUGCCUUUGUGGGAGAUGCCAAGGUGGUGGUUCUGGAUGAGCCCACUUCUGGGGUGGACCCUUAUUCAAGACGCUCGAUCUGGGACCUGCUCCUGAAGUAUCGCUCAGGCAGAACCAUCAUCAUGUCCACUCACCACAUGGAUGAGGCUGACCUCCUUGGAGACCGCAUCGCCAUCAUUGCCCAGGGAAGGCUGUACUGCUCAGGGACCCCGCUCUUCCUGAAGAACUGCUUCGGCACGGGCUUGUACUUAACCUUGGUGCGCAAAAUGAAAAACAUCCAGAGCCAAAGGAGAGGCAGUGAGGGGACCUGCAGCUGUGCAUCUAAGGGUUUCUCCACCACCACGUGUUCAGCUCACGUCAGUGACCUAACUCCAGAACAAGUCCUGGAUGGGGAUGUAAAUGAGCUGAUGGAUGUAGUCCUCCAUCAUGUUCCAGAGGCAAAGCUGGUGGAGUGCAUCGGUCAAGAACUUAUCUUUCUUCUUCCAAGUAAGAAUUUCAAGCAGAGAGCAUAUGCCAGCCUUUUCAGAGAGCUGGAGGAGACACUGGCUGACCUUGGGCUUAGCAGUUUUGGAGUUUCUGAUACUCCCCUGGAAGAGAUUUUUCUGAAGGUCACGGAGGAUUCUGGUUCAGGACCUCUGUUUGCAGGUGGCACUCAGCAGAAAAGAGAAAACGUCAACCGCCGACACCCCUGCUUGGGUCCCAGAGAGAACACUGGACCCAUACCUCAGGACUCCAAUGACUGCUCCCCAGGGGCGCUGGCUGCUCACCCAGAGGGCCAGCCCCCACCAGAGCCAGAGUGCCCAGGCCCGCAGCUCAACACAGGGACGCGGCUGGUCCUCCAGCACGUGCAGGCACUGCUGCUCAAGCGACUCCAACACACCGUCCGCAGCCACAAGGACUUCCUAGCCCAGAUCAUUCUCCCAGCCACUUUUGUGUUUUUGGCCCUGUUGCUUUCUAUCAUCAUCCCGCCUUUUGGUGAAUACCCUGCCUUGACCCUCCACCCCUGGAUGUAUGGGCAUCAGUACACCUUCUUCAGCAUGGAUGAGCCCGGCAGUGAGCAGCUCACGGUACUUGCAGAUGUCCUCCUGAGUAAGCCAGGCUUUGGCAACCGCUGCCUGAAGGAAGGGUGGCUUCCGGAGUACCCUUGUGGCAAUUCAACGCCCUGGAAGACUCCUUCUGUGUCCCCAAACAUCACCCAGCUGUUCCAGAAGCAGAAAUGGACACAGGCCAACCCUUCGCCGUCCUGCAGGUGCAGCACCAGGGAGAAGCUCACCAUGCUGCCAGAGUGCCCCGAGGGUGCCGGGGGCCUCCCGCCCCCCCAGAGAACACAGCGCAGCACGGAAAUUCUACAAGACCUCACGGACAGGAACAUCUCUGACUUCCUGGUAAAAACAUAUCCUGCUCUUAUAAGAAGCAGCUUAAAGAGCAAAUUCUGGGUCAAUGAACAGAGGUAUGGAGGAAUUUCCAUCGGAGGAAGGCUCCCAGUCGUCCCCAUCACAGGGGAAGCACUUGUUGGGUUUUUAAGCGACCUUGGUCAGAUCAUGAAUGUGAGCGGGGGCCCUGUCACCAGAGAGGCCUCUAAAGAAAUACCUGCUUUCCUUAAACAUCUAGAAACUGAAGACAACAUUAAGGUGUGGUUUAACAACAAAGGCUGGCAUGCCCUGGUCAGCUUUCUCAAUGUGGCCCACAACGCCAUCUUACGGGCCAGCCUGCCCAAGGACAGGAACCCCGAGGAGUAUGGAAUCACUGUCAUAAGCCAACCCCUGAACCUGACCAAGGAGCAGCUCUCAGAGAUUACAGUGCUGACCACUUCAGUGGAUGCUGUAGUUGCCAUCUGCGUGAUUUUCUCCAUGUCCUUCGUCCCAGCCAGCUUUGUCCUUUAUUUGAUCCAGGAGAGGGUGAAUAAAUCCAAGCACCUCCAGUUUAUCAGUGGAGUGAGCCCUACCACCUACUGGGUGACCAACUUCCUCUGGGAUAUCAUGAAUUACACCGUGAGCGCUGGGCUGGUGGUGGGCAUCUUCAUCGGGUUUCAGAAGAAAGCCUACACUUCUCCAGAAAACCUUCCUGCCCUUGUGGCACUGCUCCUGCUGUAUGGAUGGGCGGUCAUUCCCAUGAUGUACCCAGCAUCCUUCCUGUUUGAUGUCCCCAGCACAGCCUAUGUGGCUUUAUCUUGUGCUAAUCUGUUCAUCGGCAUCAACAGCAGUGCUAUUACCUUCAUCUUGGAAUUAUUUGAGAAUAACCGGAUGCUGCUCAGGUUCAACGCCGUGCUGAGGAAGCUGCUCAUUAUCUUCCCCCACUUCUGCCUGGGCCGGGGCCUCAUUGACCUGGCACUGAGCCAGGCUGUGACAGACGUCUAUACUCGGUUUGGCGAGGAGCACUCUGCAAAUCCGUUCCACUGGGACCUGAUUGGGAAGAACCUGUUUGCCAUGGUGGUGGAAGGGGUGGUGUACUUCCUCCUGACCCUCCUGGUCCAGCGCCACUUCUUCCUCUCACAAUGGAUUGCUGAGCCCACUAAGGAGCCCAUUGUUGAUGAAGAUGACGAUGUGGCUGAAGAAAGACAAAGAGUUAUUACCGGUGGAAAUAAAACUGACAUCUUGAGGCUACAUGAACUAACCAAGAUUUAUCCAGGCACCUCCAGCCCAGCAGUGGACAGGCUGUGCAUCGGAGUUCGCGCUGGAGAGUGCUUUGGCCUCCUGGGAGUGAAUGGUGCCGGCAAAACAACCACAUUCAAGAUGCUCACUGGGGACACCACAGUGACCUCAGGGGAUGCCACUAUAGCAGGCAAGAGGUGAGUGUCCUGCUCCUCCUGUCUCAGGGAG